UCUCGGUUCUUCCACUGGGCAAGCAUCCUCAGCAGAUACUGGCACAAUUCUUUUAAUUGGAAGACCAUACAAUGCCGCUGGGACUGUUAUUAGGUUUAGGGAGAUCUUUCAGAAGAAAGCGUACUUCAUCUCUUGAUAUUCUUACUACAAAAAAGGUUCCUCGGGGCUUCUACAAGGGAAAAAAUUGCAAGCCUACUGGUUUUCACACUCGCAAAGGUGGUUAUGUUAUUGUGCAAGAGAAGCUGCCUAACUACGUAGUUCCAGAUUUGACCGACUUCAAGCUGAAGCCAUAUGUAUCCCAAUGCCCGAUAGGAACUACAAGUGCAAGUACGGAGGCAAACAAAACUGCAAAAUAAGAAAGAAAGGAGAAAAAUGAUGAACACUUCAAGGAUAUUUAGGUUUUCUGUGUUCAUUUUCUAGCUUAACAUGAAGAUAACGACUUGUUUGAUCCGUUACAACGUCUACUUUUGUUGGGAUAAAAAAGUUGUCUUUUUCCUUUUCCCUUUUUAGGUACUCAUCUUUUUCAUCUAAACAUGUCAUGGGUGACAUGAUCACUCUUGUUUGAUGCCUUUGUAG